AUGGCAAAAAAAUGGAUACGUGCAGAGGAAACUGGACUCGGUGCAGAGGAACUGGACUCGAUAAACAGUGGGAAAAAACACGGAAAGGAGCGUAGAAUCAAAGAAUCAAACAGAGUCCAUAAGCAGUCUGUUCAAUUCUUAAUUUGUUCUUACUCAUUGGAUCAUUCUCAUAAUAAUAUGUAUCAAUUACUUCUUCAGCCCAAACUUGAGAUUCCUCCGUCUGAAACAAAAUCCACACUUGCUGUUCCAUUGGAGUUUCUCGGUGAAGCAGCUUUUGCAGGAGCUAGUUUUUGGGGCAUUGAAGCCGCGUUUGGGGGUGUAGAAGGAGUUGUGAAAACGGCUACUGGAUAUUGUGGAGGAACCUUUCGGAAACCUUCACAUAGAGAGGUUCUUGAAGGAAUUACAGGCCACACUGAAUCAGUUAAAGUCAUAUAUGAUACGCGAAAGAUAACUUACCGAUCUCUCUGUGAUAAGUUCUGGGAAACCCACGAUCCCACCAACAAAGAAUAUCUGAGCUUUGGGGUUAGUACACACUAUCGAUCUGCUAUCUUUUACGCAACGGAGGAACAGAGGAAGCAAGCCCAGGAGUCAAAGAUCAGAAGACAGAUGAAGCUGAACAAGAGGAUUGUGACAAAGAUAAUUGCUUUGGAUUAUUCAGAUUUCUUCCAUGCAGAAAACCAACAUCAAAAGUAUUAUUUACAGAGGAACCAUUGGCUGUGCGGGAGUUUAAAUUUGAGAAGCACAGAGCAGUUCACCGAUUCAACCACAGCAAGUAGACUAAAUGGGAUAUUAGCUCUGGAUGGAAAGGUAGCUGUUGAUGAACUGGAGAGAUUUAUGAGUAGUACUGAGUUGCCGAAACAAACCAUGCUUGUCUGUGAAGGAAUAAUUCAAGACUUUGGUGGAAAAGAAAGUGGAAGGAAACACAAUUUAAUUACAUUUUAG